AAUAACUCUCACUUAAGACUCCUGAAUACAUUGAAUAAUCCGUACUAAUACAGAAUGGCACCCUCAGCAGUAGCCCCCGAGACUACACCAGCCAUCCGUGAGAAAUCUCAGGGAACUGGGUUCAACGGAGCAGACAAGGUUGAUAACCCUCCGCAAGUUCAAGUCACCGGCACGACCAAGAGCGGGAAGAAAUUGAACAUUCGGACCUAUCCCAAGUUCGAGAACCCAGCAGACGAGAGACUCUACCGCAAACAGCACCUCGCAGCAGCAUUCCGAGUAUUUGCUGACCGCGGCUUCGAUGAGGGUGUGGCAGGUCACAUCUCCGUCCGGGACCCCAUUCUAACCGACCACUUCUGGUUGAACCCGCUCUCGACACACUUCUCGCUUAUCAAGGUGUCGGACUUGAUCCUUUGCGAUGAAGACGGGAAUGUGGUAGAGGGAGAUGAACCAGUGAACGCGGCUGCCUUUGCCAUCCACUCCCAGAUCCACAAGGCCAGGCCGGACGUCCACGCCGCCUGUCACGCUCACAGUGUCCACGGCAAGGCCUUCUCGGUCUUUGGUCGAGAGCUCGAGAUGAUUACCCAAGAUUCAUGUCGCUUCUACAAGAGUCAUGGUGUAUAUCGCGAUUUCAGAGGUGUCGUUCUCGAUAGCGAGGAAGGAAGGAGGAUUGGAAAGGCCCUCGGGAAUGGAAAAGCAGUGAUACUUCAAAACCAUGGCCUGCUUACCGUUGGCAGUACCGUCGAUGAGGCAGCUUUCUGGUUUAUCAGUCUCGAGAGAACUUGCCAAGCCCAGCUACUUGCGGACGCAGCAUCGGCUGCCGGGUACAAAAAGAUUCUCAUCGACGACGACGAGGCUGCAUAUACCUCUCUUCAAGUUGGAGGACCAGAUAAAGGAUGGUUGGCUUUUCAACCAUAUUAUGAUGAGCAGGUUGCAAAAACAAAGGGCGACUUCUUGAAUUGAUUCACUUAAGCAUUGUAUUCUAUUACGAAUUUACAGCAAGGGGAAUUGACACGUCUUCAUUUACAAGUUUUCAGCUCGGAGGGAACGAGAAUAAAAAAGCUAAAUUGGUCGUCUGGAUGUUUGAAGAUUCUGGAGAAAUUUGGUCCGGUGUUUUACCUUUUAAGCCAGGCACGGGACAGCUUAGAUGCCUCAUCACUGACCCGACCACCGGAGAUCACAUGGGAUGCCGGGAAGCUGGAAGCACCAUCGUAUCUAAGUAGGUAGACUUCAUCUCAUUAAUACAACAACUGAUUAAAACCAUGCUUGACAAGGUUCUUCGACUGAGUACAAUUUUAAGGGAGCUAUUGUAUGGUGACAAAAUGUUACACUUUCCCUAACGUGUAUGGGAUGACGUUGAAAAACACCAGACCUAUACAAAAACCAACCUAUGUAUCCUCUUCAUAGUAGUGAAUAGACAGCACUGCAGCACAUUAGGUAAGCCAACAAUGUUGUGACCAGUAUGUACGUGUAUCGUCCACUCUUGUUGUAAGUUGAGUUGGCGUGUUGAGUGUAUCAGUGCUCAUGCUGUAUAACGUCCAUUCACGAUAGAUAUCCUGAGUAUGACUCCCAACCGUAUAAGUAUAUAACCAUUUCUUCCUACCCUAGCUUCCCGUAGAGUAAAAUCGUAUACACAAAACCAAGAAGGAAGGAACGCCGCAAUACUUACACACUUCAUCUAAUUCUUCCAACAACCC